UGGCGUAUGUGGGUGUGCAGUAAAAGGGAAGAGAGAGAAUCGAAAAAAAAAAAAAAAAGCAGAGAAAGCUGAUGAGAGAAGAACACUGUAAACAUCCUUGCAGGUUUUGCAGACUCUUUGUCUCUUCCUUUUGAAAUUCAAGAAUACAAAAGAGGGAAGAAUAGAGAAGAAAGAACAAGAAGAGAUAGAAGAAGAAUACAGAGGAAGAGAGAUUUUGAUUUUGGGUUUUUCCUGUUCUGAUUUUUUUAGCAAUGGUGGGAGGAAAUAGAGUUUCGAAAUUCAGAAAGGCAGCAAUGAAGAUAGGACUCCCCUGCGCUUCUUUCACCUCCUCAAUGAGACUAUCAUCUUCAUCACACAAGGAAGACGAUCCCACCGUCGAGGAUAUGUCAAAUUCUGGGAUUUCUGGCAGAGAAGGGAAUGUUGCAGAAACGGCAGAGGAAGCAGAAUCCAGCGGAUUAGCCAAGAACCUGUGCGCAAUAUGCCUGGAGCCAUUGAUCUACAACGGCGCCGGUGGGACCAGCUCCGGCCAGGCCAUAUUCACAGCUCAAUGCUCGCAUGCCUUCCACUUUGUUUGUAUCUCCUCCAAUGUCCGCCAUGGCAGCGUCACGUGCCCAAUUUGCCGAGCCUAUUGGACCCAGCUUCCCCGCAAUCUCACACCCCCUUGCUCACUCCCCUGCCCCCAGACAGACCCCAUCCUACGCAUCCUUGACGACUCCAUUGCCACUUUCCGAGUCCACAGGCGCUCGACUCUCCGCUCCGCGCGUUAUGAUGAUGACGAUCCUGUCGAGCCAGACCUGACACCACCCGGCCACCCCCGUCUCCGCCUCACCCUAAUCCCUGUCUCACUAACCCAGCCGAGUUUUCCUCCUUGCAGCCAUCCAGCUUUGCAAGUUAAUGGGCCCAUAUCACAUCAUCUCAAUGGCCUCUCUCCACGUGGGCGGUCACCAUUGCGACAAUUCACCAGUUCUUCAUCUGUAUCCCAACGGAAUACUUCACCAAAUGGACAGAAUCCAUGUCUUUGCUCCAAUAGAGCCUAUCUCUCCAUCAAGCUAGCACACCAGCAAGCAACUGAUAUGGUCUUGGUAGCCAGCACCAAUGGCCCCCAUCUAAGGCUUCUCAAGCAAUCCAUGGCAUUGGUGGUUUUCUCACUCCGCUCCGUUGACCGUCUGGCUAUCGUCACCUAUUCAUCAACUGCGACACGUGUCUUCCCUCUAAGGCGCAUGUCCUCCCACGGGAAACGGAGCGCCCUACAAGUCAUUGACCGCCUCUUCUACCUAGGAGAGGCGGACCCCAGCGAAGGACUCAAGAAAGGGGUGAAGAUACUGGAAGACCGCAAUCACCACAAUCCCCAAUCUUGCAUCUUGCACCUAUCAGAUAGCCCGACGAGAGCUUCUUACCUCGGCCGCGAGAUGCAAGUCCCCAUCCCGAUCCAUUGCUUCCAUGUUGGGUUCGGGUUUGGCACAUCGAACGGAUUUGUGAUGCACGAAUUCGAAGAGUUCUUGGUGCGGUUGCUUGGAGGUGUGGUCAGGGAGGCUCAGUUGAGGAUCGGGGAGGAAGGGGUGGUGAGAUUGGGCGAGUUGAGGACUGGAGAAGAGAGGAGGAUUGCUCUAGACUUGGGCGAUUGCGGAUUUGUAUGUGUUGGAUAUAGCUACAUUGAAGGUGGGAUUGAAGAAUGUCUAAAGACGGGGGAAAUGAUAGUAGGGAUUGGAGACAAGGAGGAUAGUGGUGACGAUGAUGGUGAAGUUGGAGGGAGAGAUUUGAGCAUUGGUGGAAGGAGUAGCAAUGUGGAAAGGUGGGAUUACCAUGAUCCUUACAUGGCCAGAAGAUGGGCUAAGCACUUACAUGGAUAUAGACUAUGAGGAUAAGUCAAGAAAUACAACUUGUCUUCACGGACUUGUGAUUUCUGUUCCAAUCAUUUCUGAUGAAAUGCAAACAGAACAACAACAAGAACAAUGAAUGGAGAAUGGAAGGAACCGAAGUUCAGUUCAACUGGAUGUCCUUGCAAAACGCCAUGGUAUUUUUUUAUUUUAUUAAUUUCUUUCUUUGAUGGGUAUUACCAUGGUAUUUCUGUAAUAUUGCUCCAUAUGUAUUUUUCGAUUUUCAUUUAUAGGAAUUUGCAAAAAUGGUAAAGAAUCAUUGAAGGGUAGUCAGAUUUCUUA